AAACAUCAAAACAACAUUAGCUCUCUCAUUCUCAUCCCCUCAAACUCAAGAGUCAAUACAAAGAGAAGACUUUCAGCAAGAGAUAUGGCUAGCCAUCUAAGAUCAGUUAGCUUGCCCUCUAGGCCUCACCGCGAAGUUGAAGAGGAGCUGUGCAGCCUAGAGGCAUGCAUCUCUUCACCCUCCUUGGCCAUCGAGACAAUCUCUGAUUGUUUGUUGAGGCUUGGAGACAUGUACUGCUCUAUCGAGGAAAUAAUGUGCCUGCCCAGCAACCAAGUUUGCUCCUCCCAGCAAAGAAAGAUGUUGGAUGGAGAAAUGGAAUGCUCCCUUGAGCUCUUGGAUCUCUGCAAUGCAAUGCACGCAGAGUUUGCCGAGUUGAAGAACAUCAUCCAAGACCUGGAAGUGGCUAUCCGAAAAGGAGACGAUGCAGCCGUUCAAGCCGGGAUUCAGUCUUACUCUCGUUUAUUGAAGAAGGCGAAGAAGCAUUCUAAGAAGACCGCGAAGAAGGUUAUUUCUUACAAGGAAGAUUGCAGGAUGGUCACAUUGUUGAGCGAGGCUAGAGAGAUCACCAUCUCUCUGCUCGAGUCAACACUUCAUCUCUUGUCCAAGCAAAUCAUAACGCCCAAACAGUCUCUCAUCUCCAAGGCAUUCCAGAAGAAAAUUUCAGUUUUGUGCAAGGAGGAGCAGAUGCAGAUGCUAGGUUGCAGCAUGGGAGAUCUUGAGGCUGGGGUAGGACUUCUGUUCCGGAGAUUGGUCCAGAACAGAGUUACCCUCCUGAACAUUCUUAGCGUAUAGUCAAUCACUCUUGACACCAUGAGAUUGGCAUCCGCCUUUUAAAGGAUUCGCUGAUCCUUCCUAUUUUGUAUACGUAGAAAAUGUACAGAAACUCCCUACAAAUAGAGAAACAGAAGUUUUGACCUAAUGAAUAGUGUGAAACCAAUCCUUGAUUGUGUUCAUUGAUACGGUUAUGUGAUGCUGAUAUCAUUGCCUUGGUGCUUGAUGAUGAAUGUAUAGCACAAAAUCAAGAUUGUGAAUCACGAAGUAUGUGCCUCAUUAGUCAUAGCAAUUCCUUCCUCUUUGAAAUCUUGCAUGGUCAACAUGAUUUUCUCUGUAGAAUAAACAGUUAUAGUCCAGUGGCAAACUUUUUAGCGUUGGCUGUAUCUGGCCAAUACAUGUUUGUAAAUUUAACUGGAUACUGCCUAACCCUUCAUUAAGCUCCUAACUAGUGCCUGGUCCUUGUUCGAUAGAC